AAUAACGCGGGACGGUGUGAGGAAUGAAUCCGUUGAUGAUGUUGGAAGAGGCAACAUUACAGAGUUAACAGAGGGUGACAGUUGUUUAAUUUGAUAAAACUUAUCGUACAUGACACUGUCCUCGGCUCAGCCACAUUUUAUUGGAUUUGUAUGUUGUAUAAAAAGUCGCAGCUUAAUACGCUACUGUUCGCCGUUGGUCCAACGCUUGAUAGCGGUUAACCAGCUGACUGUGUUUAGCUCGAAGAAUAAAUAAUGGAUCCCACGGAGGAUUUGUCUGCUCGGGUCCUGCUGAAACAUAUUCUCAGCACCGAGCAGCCCAGGACUCCCAUCACCCGCAGUGCCUCACAAACCCAGAGUACCAGUGCGACCAGAAGCAGCAAAAGACUGAGAAAGCAGGAUGCUGGUGCACAAACCCCACAGGACAUGCUAAGACGCAGCCUGAAAAACAAAAUGCGGCGCGAGAGUAUUACCAGGAAAUCCCUGCCGGCUACUAAAAGGAGGACUGCCUCAUUCGUGCAAAGAAAGAUUAACACACCUGCCGCAACCUCAGUGCUGUUUGAUGAUGGAGACACACCGAGGCACAUACUCAUGAACAUCCUGCGGACAGAGCCUACAAAGUCCCCUGUGGUUCAUGAAAACGUUGCAUCAGAAGAGCCACAGCCAUCUCCAGCCAAUUCCAGCAUUACGAGGAAGAGUCCUAGUAUUGAGCUGUUGGACUUGCCUGAUAUAACUAUUGCCAACGCAGUGAGUACCGGAAAGGGACUGAGCAGGAAGAGACCACGUCGGAGCCUUAAUGUCACAGCUUUUGAAAAACGUCUGAAAGAGGGAGAAGAUGUUGAAGAGGAAUCUGAGGUAUCAAUGGACAAUCAUUCAUCACUUUCUUUGUCAAGUUCCACUUCUCUGAGUCUAAAAACGCCCUUCGGGGAUGUACGGACUGAGAAAAAGGGCCUGAAGAGAAGAGUCUCUAACCGUCGAAAAAUUUCAGAGGAAGAAUUUGGCGCUGCUGUAAAUAAAAGGCAGACGGGAGGAGUGAGCAGCUUUGUGCAGGCAGAGCAGGGUCUCAGUGAGACCGCCUACUCUGAGGGCUUCACUCUGGGCCUCAGCAAACUCAGUGAACCUGAUAUCACAACUGAUAUCCUCCACUGUAACACAGCUCUCUACGCCCAGCCAGAUGCCAUGACCUCCAACUUCUCCAUUAUAGCAACGCAGGACAAGCCAACAGUGAUGGCGUCUCAGCUUCAGAGACAGAUGGAGGAGGAGGAAGAGGUGGAGGAGGAGCAGAUGGAGGUGGAAGAGGGCAAGCUGGGGAAGGAGAAAUCAACAUAUGCUUUUCCAACUGAAGAGGGGGCAGAACCUCAGGAUGAAGUCUGUUUUUCUCAGUCGGAGGAAGACGCAGAUGCAGCUGAAUCUCAAGAGGAGGAAGAGGAGAGUCCUGCUGAUGGUCAACUUGAAACUGCUUCUGCCGUGUCUGAAGAAGAGGAGGGUUCAGCUGAAUCCCAGACUGGAGUAAGAGAUGACACAGCCGAGUCUGAGGACGAGGAGAACAAAGAGGAAGCAGGUGACUCUCAAACUGAAGAAGAUGCUGCUGUUAACUCUCAAACUGAGGCGGAAGAAGAAGAAGGUGGAGUUAAUUCUCAGCCUGAAGAGGAUGCUGCACCUACGUCUACAUCUGAGGAAGAGGAAGUUGUACCAGAUACUCAAACCGAAGAUGUUGCUGUUAACUCUCAAACUGAGGAGGAAGAAGAAGAAGAGGAAGCAGAAGAUGAUUCUCAGCCUGAAGAGGAUGUUGCACCUACGUUUACGUCCGAGGAAGAGGAAGUUGUACCAGAUACUCAAAUGAAAGAAGAUGAUGAUGAAGGUGCAAUUGACUCCCAAACCGAAGAAGAAGGAGCUGUCGAUUUGCAGCCUGAGGAGGAUGUUGCAGAAGCCCGAUCUCAGUCUGAGGAAGAGGAGGACGUUGCAGAUGAUUUAGCUGAUUCUCAACCUGAAGAAGAGUACGAUAGGAAACAGAAUGAGGAAGAUGUUGAGGAGGCAUCAGAGCAGCAGGAACACAUCAGUCGAAGGGCUCAGCGCUCUGAGGGUGGACUCAUUAUGCCCGUAAUAGAAGCAGAGGGAGAUUUGGCAGACGCCACAGAUGCAGGAUGGUCUGAUGGCAAGUCCAAAGCACACAGCAGUCUGGAACUGGGAAGCCCCGAGAGAGGCCAGCUUCAUAGUGGGAUCCCUGACUUGGCCGAGUCCUCACAAGGACAGACGGAGGCGGAGCCUGAUGCUGAUAAAGAGAACUCUUACCUUCUGGAAGGGAUGCACGAUGUUCCAGAAAGCCGUGACCUAAAUGACGAGCCUACUGAAGAAGCUGCUGCUCAGGACUCUGCUGAACAGGAGGAAGAGAGGGAGGAGGCGGAAGAAGAAGAAGAAUAUGAUGAUGAUGAUGAUGAAGAAGAAAAUGAUGAGUUCCCCAGCAAGACUCCAGCAUUUGUCAGACAGAAAAUACAUUUUUUGCAGACCGAUCAACCGGCUUCACCUUCUGUUUUUAAGAAUAUUCAACCCAGUAGUUCAGGUGAAUCUGAUCCGCAGCCUAAAAGAAAGCAGGUGAGACAGAGGAAGACAGGGCCGUCUAAGACAGAAGUGGCCCUUCCUAAGUCCUACGUGAUGAGCGUGUUCAAGCACUUUGCCAAAACGAAGGUUUCCGCAGAUGUCUACCCUGUCCUAAAAGAAAUAAUGGAUAAAUACUUUGACCGGAUGGCGGAGGACUUGGAGGCGUUUGCUCUUCAUGCAAAGAGAAAAACCAUCGAGGUUGAAGAUGCUGAACUGCUGUUGAGAAGGCAGGGUCAUGUGAACGACAAGGUGCCGGUAGAAGUGCUCAUUGAGAAAUAUCUUCGUAUGGACCAGCGCAGACUCCUGAUCCCCAUCGCAACCAGUGGAAAUGUUGUUGUCCCUAAAAUGCGGAGAUGAAUUUUUCUUUAUAUAUACAGUUACUUUUUUUGUUGUCUGGUUUCAUCUCUUGGACUGCUACACAUUUUUUUCCAAUGCAUGUCAUAAGGAUAAGUCUGUCUCCAUCAUAUGUUGAAUCAGAAUAUAAAGGUUUCUGUAAAUGUGGAAAUAUUUGCUGAGAAUUCAGUUUUGUAUGAAAUGUCUAUAGCUUCUUCUGUCUCUUUAUCUGUAUUAAACAAAGGGUAUAUGUAUGCAUAAUGCAAGCAUUGGCUAGUGCUUUAUAAUUAUCAUUUAACUGUACAUGACUAUACAUAUGUGUAAACUUUAUAAAUUUGCCCUUUUAUGCAUACACUUUCUUUUCCAUCAAAGGAGGGUGUCUGGCUUCAGAAUGUAAAAUGUAGUUCUCUUUCAUAUUUAAUUGAUAAAUUGACACUGUAGUUAUCCCCUUGCUGAGGGUUAGGGAAUUCCAAUUUAUAUUGGAAAAGAAAACAUUUUGGCAGAAGGAUUUGUCCAGUCAGGUCACAUACUGUCCACUAGAUGGGGCAAACUCAUUACAACUAACCCUUAUCACAAUCAGCUGGACUGGUGCAAACUAAUUUCAGUGACAUAAUUGAAGUAGCCAACCAGAGCUUGAUUAAUGGAAAACCUCACCUUCUACAUUUGAAGUUAAG